AUGCGCCUCUUCUUGUUGCCCGUCUCGACGCGUCGGACGCUGAUCUACUGCGAGCGAGCCCAGGAACAACUCAAGGGAGGAGCGAAACCACCCCUCCAGGAACGCAUCAUCAACAAAGCCUCGCAAACAUGGGCGACCUGGGAAAACGCGGACAAGGGUUGGCAGAAGGCUGUCACCGUCUACGGCAACAAGCUCUUCAGGCGCAUACCUUACGAGGAAUGGGGCCUCAAAUCCAUUCCUCCGGCCACCAAGAAGAGGCUAGAAGAUAUAGAUAAUGGCAGGCUGAAAUUCGAGUGUCUAUAUCCUGGCGCAUUUUUGAAAGAGCAAAACGUCUCCAAGAUCCUCAAGGCGCUCGCAACGGAGCGACAAGGACUCCACAACAAGAAGAUGUGGCAGUGUAUAGCCUGGAUGCCUGUCACUUUGCCCUUCACGCUCGUUCCUAUGUGAGAACACCUGGCUUUGGAGCGCACUACAUGUCUGACCUCUUCUCCGCAGAAUUCCCAAUCUCCCAUUCUUUUACCUUGUCUUUCGCGCCUGGUCGCACUAUAAAGCCCUUUACGGCUCCAGAUUGCUCGAGCACCUUACGAAACACAACCUCAUCCAGAACACCGCUUCGCGACAGAUGGACGAAAUGUAUGCAGCGGGCCUGCUACAUCCUGCGCGAGAGGCGGCUAGGGAUACCUCAAGGCCCACUCAGCAAGAGAUCGAGCAGGUCGCAAAGAUGGUAGAUGCUCAAACGAAUGGCGGACAAGAGGAAGUCAUGCUGCUACAAAGAUGGAACGGGAAGCUGCUUGCUGAGGGUUUCCAUCUGCCCGAGAUGGAAAUCGAAAUCGAAAGAGCUGUGGAGCAGGUUGAGGUUGCGAUCAAGUCCAAGGAAGAACUGGCAGAAGAGAAGGAAGAGGUGCAAUCUGUGAGGAAGCAGAAGACCGCCGAGGCUAACAUCGAGAAGAUAAAGAGCAGUUGA